AUGUUUCCGGCAGGACCUACCUACGUUCAAGACGACAAACGCGAAUCUCUGGAGCUGGCUCCGCUGGCUCACGUUCACGAUGAAUACGAUUCCCGGCCAAUGGCCUCUUCUUCGGCGUUCCAGUCGGGAAAACCAAGCAUGUUCAACGAUAAGACGUUCCAGGACGAUACGGUGGAGAACUCCACAGAAGUGUUUGAAGAAGAUCCUCUGGAAACAGUGGAGUAUCCGGACGGCGGAUGGAAAGCGUAUUCCACGGUGGCUGCGUCGCUUCUCGGGCUCAUUUGUGCUUUCGGUAUCAUGAACUCUACCGGAGCCAUUGAGUCAUAUCUUGAGAAGAACACUCUCAAGACGAUCCCUACCACAACGAUCUCGUGGAUUUUUGCUAUAUAUACAUUUCUGAGCUUUGGAGGGAACUUGUUUUCCGGUGCUCUGUUCGAUACUUAUGGUGCUAAGAAAGUGGCCGUUCCCGGGGCAGUGCUGCUCUGCGGCGGGCUUUUGGCAACGGCCAGUUGCACACAAGUGUGGCAGUUCGUUCUCUCGUUUGGUGUGUGCUGCGGGAUCGGCUGCGCACUACUGAUGGCCCCGAUGGUCAGCUGUAUUGCCCAUUUUUUCAAGCAGAAACGAGGCCUUGCUUUGGGAAUAGCCAUGCCGGGAGCAAGUAUUGGUGGAGUGAUCUGGCCGUUGGUGUGCAACUCGCUGUACCCAAAGAUCGGGUUCCCCUGGACAAUGCGUGUUCUUGGGUUCAUAUUUAUGGGGAUCCUCACAACCAGUUGUUUGCUCAUUAACGACAGACUGGACGAGAUCUCCAACCAAACGUCUUCCAAAUCAAGUGUCUGGGCCAAAGUCAAGGAAAGCAUUGACUUCAAGACUUUGAAGGACCCCGUGUACCUGAUUCUUGUCGGAGCACUGUUUAUGAACGAGUUCUCGCUCAUUCUGUGCUUCACCUACAUCCCAUCCUACGCUCUUGACAAAGGCUAUUCGGAGUCGUUCUCCCUGAUUGCUCUUACAGUGGUAAAUGCCUCAGGAGUCGGUGGAAGGUAUCUUCCUUCACACCUUUCAGACGCAUACGGCAGAUUCAACAUGAUCCUCGCGAUGUCGGCAAUUGCCACGUUCGCUGUUCUUGUGCUCUGGCUACCAUUUGGAAAAUACAAGCCGGCUUUUGUGAUUUUCUGUAUAGUCUACGGCUUUGCAACCGCAGCAACUUUGGCUCUCACGCCGCUGUGCACCUCGCAGAUCUCCAAGGCCAAGGAUUUCGGUAAGCGGUACGGAACAGCCUAUUUCUUUGUCAGCUUUGGUAACCUGAUCUGUAUCCCAAUAGGUAUAGCUCUUACCAAGACGUCUGCUGGCUACAACGGUAUGUUGGCGUUUGCUGGAGCUGGAUCUUUCUGUUCUACACUCUUGUUUGUUCUUGCUCGCUACAAGUUGGCCAAGUUCACCUGGAAAGCCGUUUAA